ACAAAUGAGAAACUUGGUUUUAAAGUGGGUCUUGCUAGGCCUUUUGUGCACACAAAUAUGUGCUUACAAAUACAAUUGUGGUGCAGGACAGUCUCCUAAAGUAGCAAAGCAAUUUGAAGCUAUCUACCAAUUUGGUGAUUCUCUUAACGAUAAUGGCAACUUCAUUCGACAGCCUUACGGGAAAAGGUCUUACUACAAGUAUUUACCUUAUGGCCAAACCAUACGCCGACCGACGGGCCGGGCCUCCGAUGGCCUUGUCAUUGCAGAUUACAUUGCAAUGUACUUCCAACUUCCACUACUAAGCCCAUAUCUUUCCAAUAACGCAAGUGAUUUCAACCAUGGAAUCAAUUUUGCGGUGGCCGGCGCCUCAGCAAAUGGCGGAGUACAAGACAAUUCCUUGGCUGCGCAACUUAAUUGGUUUAAAACUCACCUCACCUCAACUUAUUCUAAUAAUCAAACAGCAAUCAAGGAAAAACUCCAAAAGUCAUUAAUAUUAAUGGGAGAAAUUGGAGGUAAUGAUUUUAACGGUCCUUUUCAUCAGCGCAAGACUAUCGAAGAAGUAUCUAAGCUUGUUGCAGGAGUUGUUAAAACUAUCAAAGAUGCAGUUGAGGAAAUAAUUAGCCUAGGGGCUACUAAUAUUGUGGUGCCAGGGAACUUUCCUAUAGGGUGUGUGCCUCUUUAUCUUGUUGAAUUUGCCACAAAUGAUAGCUCAAAGUAUGAUGAACAUCAUUGCUUGAAAGACUACAAUACAUUCUCAAGGUUUUACAAUUACCAUUUAAUACAAGCUAUCCAACAAUUGCAACAAAAGUAUUCGGGUGUGGCCAUUGUUUACGCUGACUAUUAUGGAGCAUUGAUCUAUGUCAUUACCAAUGCUGCUCAAUUAGGGAUUGAGCAAGAUGGUGACAAAAAGGCUUGUUGUGGAGCAGGUGAUAAUCCAUACAAUUAUAAUCCAAAUAAAUUUUGUAGUCGUCAAGUUCAAGUUUGUGAAAAUCCAAAUAAAAGAGUUAGUUGGGAUGGAGUUCAUAUGACACAAAGUGGAAACAGAUAUGUUGCAAAUUGGCUACUAAAACAAUUUGUAUAUUACCUUCAAUAAAAAUAAAAGUAUUCACUAAUUUAUA